CGUGUGCUGCGGGGGCGCUCCGGGACUCUCCAGAAUCCCCGGCCCUGGGACCCUAAACUGCGUUAAACCUCCGUAGGCAGCGGGCAGGGCCCCUCUGGGGGCUACUCCUUAUAUAACCCGCCCGUUCCCGGCCGGCGUUGUGUAACCGGCCCCGUGGGGCCAGGAACCGGCACCGCGUCCGCCGCCCCCACAGAUGGUGGGGAAGGAGCACAUUGCUGCCUGUGGAGAGAAAUGCUCAGCAGUGGGAGAGCCAGGAUCAGUGACUGUGUGACCUCCUCUUUUUGGGGUGACGUGUUGUAAAGACCCUAGAGUGUCAGCUGUGCCACCUUCAAGGUAUUUGGUAUCCUGAGAGGCAAGGGUUUCCUUCCUCCUGUAGCCAGGAUGCUGCAUCGCACCAUUCACCUUUUCCGGAAGGAGCUCCGGCUCCACGACAACCCAGUGCUGCUGGCUGCCCUGGAGUCCUCGGAGGCCCUGUACCCUGUGUACAUCCUGGACAAAACAUUCCUGACCUCCUCCAUGCACAUUGGGGCCCUGCGCUGGCACUUCCUGCUCCAGUCCCUUGAGGAUCUCCACAAAAACUUGGGCCAGCUGGGCUCCUGCUUGCUGGUCAUUCAAGGGGAGUAUGAGACCGUUCUUAGGGAUCACAUCCAGAAGUGGAAUAUCACGCAGGUGACGCUGGAUGCAGAGAUGGAGCCGUUUUACAAGGAGAUGGAGACCAACAUCCGGCGCCUGGGGGUAGAGCUGGGCUUUGAGGUGCUCUCCUUGGUGAGCCACAGCCUGUACGAUACCCAGCGGAUUUUGGACCUAAAUGGUGGGAGUCCCCCAUUAACUUACAAGAGGUUCCUUCACAUUCUGUCUCUGCUUGGUGACCCUGAGGUGCCUGUCCGAAACCUCACAGCUGAAGACUUCCAGAGAUGUAAGGCCCCUAACCCUGGCCUGGCUGAGUGUUACAGGGUGCCUCUCCCUGUGGAUUUGAAGAUUUCCCCAGAGAACCCUUCCCCUUGGAGAGGAGGGGAGACCGAAGGACUGCAGCGCCUGGAGCAACACUUGACAGACCAGGGCUGGGUGGCAAGUUUUACUAAACCAAGGACAAUCCCAAACUCGCUGCUUCCAAGCACCACAGGCCUGAGCCCGUAUUUCAGUAUGGGCUGUCUGUCAGUUCGGACAUUUUUUUAUAGGUUGUCGAACAUUUAUGCUCAGGCAAAGCACCACUCUCUGCCCCCAGUGUCGCUCCAAGGGCAGCUGUUGUGGAGGGAAUUCUUCUACACAGUAGCAUCAGCAACCCCCAACUUCACCCAGAUGGCUGGGAACCCCAUCUGCCUCCAGAUCUGCUGGUACAAAGAUGCAGAGAGGCUCCACAAAUGGAAAAUGGCACAGACAGGGUUCCCGUGGAUUGAUGCCAUUAUGACCCAGCUACGCCAGGAAGGCUGGAUCCAUCACCUGGCCCGGCAUGCUGUUGCCUGCUUCCUGACACGGGGGGACCUUUGGAUCAGCUGGGAAGAGGGAAUGAAGGUGUUUGAAGAGCUGCUUUUAGAUGCUGACUACAGCAUCAAUGCUGGGAACUGGAUGUGGCUGUCAGCCAGUGCUUUCUUCCACCAGUACACGCGGAUCUUCUGCCCCAUCCGCUUCGGGAAGCGCACAGACCCCCAGGGCAACUACAUCAGGAAAUACUUGCCUAUACUAAAGAACUUUUCCUCCAAGUACAUCUACGAGCCCUGGACUGCAUCUGAAGAGGAGCAGAAGCAAGCAGGAUGUAUCAUAGGUCAGGAUUACCCCUUCCCCAUGGUGAACCACAAGGAAGCCAGUGACCACAACCUGCAGUUGAUGAAACAGGUCAGAGAGGAGCAGCACAGAACAGCCCAGCUCACAAGAGAUGAUGCAGAUGACCCCAUGGAAAUAACAGUAAAACGUGACAAUUCCAAAGAAAACAUUUCAAAAGGAAAAGUGGCCCGGACGACAGAAUAAACCAAAAUUCCCUCAGGGGUCACUGCUGCAUACCAAAAAAAGGCAAGAGGGGAGAGCCAGGGUCCAGCUGAGCUGGCCAAAGCACUGUCCUCCAUAUCUUGCCCUGCUAAUGGUGCCUCUUGCUUGUGACCUGACUUCAGGAGAUGUGUUGGAUCUUGAGUAGUUUUAGUGCAGUUAUUUUGGAUGGAAUUGUUUAUCUGUGAGUGGCUUCUGGACCAUCUGUUGAAGCUGUUGGGUGAAUGCAAGAGGUGCCUGGUUGUGGCAGGUCCUGCUGCUGCACCAUCCUUCAAAUCCAUGUGUUUCAUGCACCUGUGUAAAUAGAUUUUGUGACAAAUACUCAA